UGGGGCAGGAGCGGGGACCGCAGCCCAGAGCCCGUCCCACCUGCCCGGCCACCCUGCAGAAUCAUGGCUCUCCCCGGCGCCCUUCGCCUGUGGCUCGCCUGUCUCCUGCUCUGCAGCGCGGCCCCCAAACCCACCUGUGACCCCAGUGCCUGCGGCCCGUGUCCCGAGGGGGACCCUGAGGGGACAGCCAGCCCCGCUGCUGGGGGCUGCUGCCCGCCGUGCCCCCCGCCCUGCCCCUGCCCGCCCUACCUGCACGAUGACUGCGACAUGCAGGGCUUCUCCAGCGUCCCCGCCGGCCGCUCCUUCUACAUCGACUUCGGCCGCAAGCUGUGCACCUGCGGGCCCGGCGGGGACAUCGCCUGCACGCCGCUCUGCCCCAGCCCCGGGCCCGCCUGCCUCGCCCUGGGCAGCCCGCGGGCCGACGGCUGUCCCCAGUGUGUGUGCUACGACCAGGAGGAGAUGGCCGUGCCCGCCGGCACCGUCACCAUCCGCGGCUCGCAGAGCUGCAGCUGCCCCGAGCAGGGCGGACAGCUGCGCUGCACAUCGGGCAGCCCCCGCUGAGGCUCCCGGCCCGGCUGCAGGAGAGCACCGCAGCCUCGCCGGCAGCAGAAGGCUUCCUGAGCUGGGGGGUGUCCUCGCUGAGAGGUUUCCAAGCGUCCUGGAGGAUUUUGGGGGUUGUUGUGGGGAGGGGGAGAUGCCAGGUUCUCUGGCGAGGUGUCUGGAGGGGUGAGCUUGCUUGGUUGUGAGGCUUGUUCCACAGGGCUUAAGCUGACUGCUGCUAGCGUGUAACUGGAGCAAACGCAGCUAUUUAUUUAUUUGGAAGAUGAUUCUGCUUUUGUAUGUGUUUGUGUUUAUAUAGGCUGUUUAUAUUAAACUCGCUCCUCCCAGGAGCAUGGCUUUUUCUUCCUCUAAUUCCAUCGGGUUCCAAGUGGUGGGAACAAGAUCAGAGGGCUGGCUGGCUGAUGGGUUUUUUCUCUCCAAUCUCUUCAUGGGGUUGGAAUAGGGGGGUUAGCACAGAUCUGUAUUCUUAGGAGGCAAACCCCUCUCCUGUGUCCAUCCUCCAGAGCAAAGCCGUGACUCACAUGAGGAUGGCGGCAGUCAAGGCUCAGUCCUUCACAGCCCCCUUGAUCUCACCCAGGGCUGACCCCAUGGUCAGUCCCAGUUUGGCAGGAAUGCCCCAAAGUGUGACUUUGUCUUCUGGAUACGGACAUAGGAUACAGGAGAACCGCAUCUUCUGAGUGCUUUGACAUGUAUAAACAUGCACACACAUAAAUGAAUGUAUCUAUGUAUAAAACCUGUGUAUAUCUAUGUAUAAAACCCACAGCUUCAUCAGGCUGUGCUAUUAACACAUGGUAA